CGAUGUGCUGUCAAGAGUGUCAACCAAACCGUCAGCGUCAUCUGCGCUGCACUUCUGCGCGUAAUUUGCUACCAUAACUCAACGGAGCUUGAAUCUCAGCACAGAAGCAGCGUGUGGUUGCGAGUGCAGUUGUUGGCGGCAGCAUUAUUCCACCAUUUCUCGCUUAACCUGAUCGACGAAGUCACGAAAGUGGUCGGAAAAAGACAUCCAAACGACGCAAAGGAAUUUCAUUCAUCAAUCUGUGACGCAAGAGAGAAGUUGACUGGUUCCUGGUGUGUGGUGCUGCGCUGUCAAACUGCAAAUUUGCUACGCGCACUGUGCGAAGAUUCUGACACGUUCAGCCACCUGUAAGAAGAUGAAGAAGUAUAUGUAAACAAAAGUGAUGAGGUGGACAAGUAGUAGAUGAACAGUACAAAAAUUCUGAAGGAACUGUUGGAUCGGAGGAGAUAGUGAAGAAAGAUGCUUCUGCAACUGGCAAUGAUUUUGCUGGGUUUAGUCCUGCUGCGACUGUGGUACCUUUUAGAGGUAACCAGACAAAACUCGAAACGCGAUAUUGCUUCAAUUACAGCCAAGCGGAAAGGUUCAGUCAAAACGAUGAUCGUGAUGGGAUCCGGGGGGCACACGGCUGAAAUGUUACAGAUUGUAGAACAAUUGGAUUUGGCAAAAUAUUCGCCUCGGCUAUACGUACUAGCAGCUGCAGACAAAACCAGCGUCGUAAAGGUUAUUGACGUGGAGGUCCGUAGGGAGCCCGAUUUGGCCAGACGGAAUUACGAGAUCGUUGCGAUUACGCGAAGCCGUCAUGUUCAACAAAAUUACUUCAGCUCGAUAUUCACCACUCUGACGGCAAUAAUAAACAGUAUUCCAGUAGUGCUGCGAACUCGUCCCGAUCUAAUCCUCACCAACGGCCCCGGGACGUGCGUACCGAUUUGCCUGGUUGCCUUCCUGGCCAAGUUGUUUUUCGUUAACAGUAACUGUAAAAUUGUGUUCAUCGAGAGCUUCUGUCGCGUCAAAAGCUUAUCACUGAGCGGCCAAAUAUUGCUCUGGAUAACGGAUCUGUUCGUGGUGCAGUGGCCUGGGUUAGUCGAAAACGGUGUCGGCAGGAAGGUGGAGUAUUUCGGGCGCUUGUCGAAAUGAGAAUGCGAGUGAUGUUCGGAAGUAAGUCCUUCCCCGGUACACAUCUAUUCCAAAAAAGAGCGGAAACGUGCGUGCGUGUGUCCGUGAACCUUCAUAUAUCAGCGUGAGCGAACGAAAGAGCGAGGGCAUGAAUGGAUCUUUAUCUUUAUUAUCUGAUUACGGUUAAAAAUAUUAGGCUUAACGUAGUGCUGGUUUAUCAUUGUUUUUUUUGUAACUAGAUUUUAUGAAUAAUUUAUAGGAACGAUUGAUUAACACACCAA